GGCGGACGUGUCCAAAUUCAAAAGCUGACAAGCUAUAUCUCAGUUGCAAGCCGCAUACAUACCAGCCAUCAUAGCGGCGAUCUUGACUAUGCUGGCAACUAUUCCACUGGCCUUCUUGUCUCGCAUCCCUGGUCUUGCGACGCACCCGCUCCAUGCUGGCCUGGUCGAUCUGUUUUUUGCUCUGUUCUGGUUGGCUAUUAUGGCCGAGCUAGCUGCAUAUAGUGAUGUCGCAGCGCCCAAAGACGUUACGUACUAUUCAGGUGGGUUCGACAAUCUGCCGACUGGAGGAGCAGCGUACGCAGCCUACAGUGAUGCCAUUGGUAGACUCAGGAGAGCAUGGGCAUGUGGAGCCGCAGCUGCAGCAUUUGCCGGAGUCGAGUUGUGAGUAUCAGCACACGACCAAGAUUCUCUGAGCACAUCUAAUUCGAGAGCAGUGUGAGGAAGUGACAGUGUCGGAGUACCCACGAGUCAUCACGGCUCUGGCAGACAUAGUGGCUCAGAACCCGCGUUCGAAAUGCAGACGAACAGUGUCAACGCUGGUCACACA